UUGCAUCAUCGUUCCCAUAUAUCGCAUCCCCAAAAUCUUUGAAGCCCCUGUCAAUAUCCAUAAAUUAGGGUUUCUGAUCCCAAAAUCUCACCCUCUCGAUUCCCCUAUUCUUUUCGCCUCGAUACCUCCGAUUCUCCUCCUCUUGAUCCCUUCUUUUAUGCGACCUCGUUUGUUUAUGUUCGAUUUUGGAUUGUAAGAGCUGCGGGAAAGAAAAGUCGGAGACUUUGCGAAAUCCCAUUUCGACCUGUCGGAGCAAGAAAGAUUGCCGCACAUGUUCUUGUUCUUGAUAGCGUCUCCGGCGAGAGGAAGAAGCGGAAGCAAGAUUCUUGGUAGCCCCGCAGCUCGCUCUCUUGAUCGGGCUCAUACCCAUCUCUUCCUCGUCCCGCGGCGCCGCUUCGAUUGAUCGCCUUCCCGUAGGAACAGACGCGGGAAGAGGCUUUCGUCGCCGGAGAUUUAGAGGCUGUUUGCGUGAUGGAUUUGGACGGGAAUAAGCGCGUGUUUCAGCGGCUCGGCGUGCCGUCCACGGCCUCCGACUCCACGAGGCAGCAUCCGCAGCAGCAGCAGCAGCAGCAGAAGGUGUGUUACCACUGGAGAGCGGGCAAGUGCACUAGGCACCCGUGCCCCUUCCUCCACCGAGAAUUGCCCGCCCCGGCGCACCAGUCGAGCAACGGGGCUGCUCCGAAGCGGUUCGCGGAGGAUUCGGGGUCUCAGUUCUUGCGGAGGGGCACCAAGUUCACGGGCGGGUCCAAUUCGUGGGGUCGGGUUCACGGCGGCAAUGCCGUGGCGAAGAAGACGGAGAAAUUGUGUACUUAUUGGGUCCAAGGGAAUUGCACUUAUGGGGAUAAGUGUAGGUACUUGCAUUCUUGGAGUUUGGGUGAUUGUUUCGAUAUGUUGACGCAACUUGAAGGGCACCAGAAGGUUGUGACUGGGAUAGCUUUUCCAUCCGGCUCUAGUAAUCUUUACACUGGGAGCAAGGAUGAGACUCUAAGAGUCUGGGAUUGUCAGUCUGGCCAGUGUGCAGGUGUGGCCAAUCUUGGUGGUGAAAUUGGUUGUAUGAUAAGUGAAGGUCCAUGGGUGUUUGUUGGUUUACCAAAUCUCGUAAAGGCAUACAACACACAAAAUAAUGCGGACCUCAGUCUCAGCGGUCCUGUUGGACAAGUUUACGCCAUGGUUGUGGGUAAUGGCCUGCUAUUUGCUGGUAUUCAGGAUGGAUCUAUCCUCGCAUGGAAGUUCAAUGCAGCUACCAAUUGCUUUGAGCCAGCUGCAUCACUUACAGGCCAUACCCUUGGUGUGGUUUCAUUAGUGGUUGGAGCUAAUAGGCUUUACUCUGGUUCUAUGGACAAUUCAAUCAGGGUCUGGAAUCUCGAAACUCUGCAGUGCAUGCAGAUUUUGACAGAUCAUACCUCUGUUGUGAUGUCUGUUCUUUGCUGGGACCAGUUUCUUUUGUCAUGCUCAUUAGACAAAACAAUAAAGGUCUGGGUUGCCACAGACAGUGGAAAUUUGGAAGUGACAUACACACACAAUGAGGAACAUGGAGUGCUUCAUCUAUGUGGAAUGCAUGAUUCGGAAGCCAAGCCAGUCUUGAUGUGCUCUUGCAAUGAUAAUUGUGUUCGCGUAUAUGAUCUUCCAUCAUUUGCUGAGAGGGGCAAGAUUUAUGCUAAAAAUGAGAUUCGAGCAAUUGAAGUCGGUCCUGGGGGUUUGUUCUUCACCGGUGAUGGAACUGGUCAAGUGAGAGUCUGGAAAUGGAGGGACUCACCUUGACAGCAUUAAUUUGUCCUCGCGACAAUCUGUAAUAUUAUUCAUAAUUUUGCUGUUUCCCGGCCUCUGGAAUAAUGUGUAUGCCUGCAAAAGGAAUUAGAAGAUGAGAAUGGUGGUUUUGUUUUCUUUGUGAUAGAUAGGAUCUCAAUACUGUACUUAGCCAGAUGUCUAUCAGAAUUAUCAGGUUUCGUUUCGGUUUUUAUGAACCUGAGAAGCACCUCCAUAUGUGAAUCUGAAAAUUUUAACGGGGUUCAAUUUUUCCCAGUCAA